AUGUCCGACCCGUUCUCAAUAAAUGGAGGUGCGGCAGUUGCAAUGAUUGGCAAAGAUUGUGUUGCCAUUGCCAGUGAUUUACGUCUAGGUUCACAGUCGCUUGGAGUAUCGAAUCAUUUUGAAAAAAUCUUUGACUUUGGGAAGAAAUCGUAUAUGGCGCUCACGGGGUUAGCUUCCGAUGUAACUACACUUCAUGAGCUUUUCAAAUUCAAGACCAACUUGUAUAAAUUACGAGAAGAGCAUCAGAUUGAACCGCUGACAUUAGCGAAUCUCGUCAGUUCGACAUUAUACGAGCGAAGAUUUGGACCAUGGUUUGUAAGUCCUAUUGUUGCUGGAUUGGGCAGUAAGGAUAACAAACCUUUUAUAUGCGGAUUUGAUUCGAUUGGAUGUAUUGACUAUAGUCACGAUUUUAUAGUUUCUGGAACUGCGACUGAUCAGUUGUAUGGUAUGUGUGAAGGAUUAUACGAGCCAGAUUUGGAGCCAGAACAAUUGUUUGAGACUAUUAGUCAGGCGUUGUUAAAUGCUGUUGAUCGUGAUGCUUUGAGUGGGUGGGGAUGUGUUGUUUAUAUCAUCACAAAGGACAAAGUUGUGAAACGGGUUUUGAAAACAAGGCAGGAUUAG